AUGACUUCAAUUCAUACAAUCUCUCCUGUCACAAACUGGGAAAUCCAAACUACCCCAGAAACUACCUGGACUGAUCUUGUUGGAUCUAUCUUGCCUGCUUCUGUCUCUUCCCAAAUUCAAUGGGCUGCUAACCCUUUAAGCACUCGUGAAAAGGUUCUUUUGGCCUUUGCUGAUCUACUCGAGGCUGCUGCAGCUAUCAACCCACAAGAUCCUCCUGCUGGAACCUCCCAAAUCCCUCCCAAUCUCUCCCUGCUUAUGGGUAGACCCUCCAAAUACUACGCUGCUGAACUCAAGACUGCUGCACUUCGUACACGUACACUUGUGGCUUACGCAGCUUCCGCGCUGGCACCAGUCGCAGCAAACCAUGAUGUUUCUGAUACCACCACACUCAAGUUUGAGUACGCUAACCCAGAAGACCCCUCUGGCCCUCAGUUUAAGAAAUACCUUACUCGUGAGGCCCUUGGUACUGUACUCAUUGUUUUCCCCUGGAACUACCCUUACCUGACUUUAGUCAAUGCCCUUGUCCCUGCCCUGCUUGCUGGUAAUGCUGUCAUUCUCAAGCCUUCCCCACAGAUCCCAGCAGUUGCCACUUUUGUCAUUGAUCUGCUAACCCAAGCUGGCCUCCCCGCUGGCGUUGCGCAGGUUGUCCAAGCUGGCCCCCCAGAUAUUGUGACUCGCUUAAUCAAGGAACGCCAGGAAAUCAAGGCUGUUGCCUUUAUUGGCUCAGUCGAGGGUGGUCUUUCAAUUCAAAAGGCUGCUGCUGAUGCCGGUCGUUUAAUUCCUAUUAAUCUCGAGCUUGGUGGCAAUGAUGGAGCAUACGUACGCGCUGAUAUCGGCAGCAAGACUUCGGCUGAUUUGGCCAAGAUUGCUGAUGACAUUGUCGAUGGUGCGCUGUUUAAUUCAGGUCAGAGUUGCUGCGCCAUUGAACGUGUAUAUGUACAUGAAUCCAUCUGGAAACCCUUUGUGGAUGCCGUGGUGGCUAUUGUCAAGAGCUACAAAGUUGGCGAUCCUCGUUCACCACAAGUAGCCAUGGGUCCUGUUGUCUCAGCAGCAAGCGCUAAGCGUAUUCGUGCCCAAGUCUCGGAGGCUAUUGAAACUGGUAAUGGCAAGCUGCUUGUUUCUGAUGCAGACUUUGCCUACACAACAGCUACGGAUGGCGAGUCUACAGGAACACCACCACCUGCUUUUGUUGCGCCUCAGGUUGUGGCUUUUGAAUCCCCAUCCAACUGCACCCUUCUCAAGGACGAAACUUUUGGCCCCGUGGUGCCUCUUGUCAAGGUUUCAUCUGAUGAGGAAGCAAUUAGUCUUAUUAACGACGAUAAGUAUGGUCUGACAGCUUCAGUGUGGACAUUUGACGAGUCUGCAGGCGAAGAACUGGCAAACAAACUCGAGGCUGGCACUGUGUUUGUGAACCGUGCAGAUUACCCGGAUCCCAAGCUUGCUUGGACUGGCCAUAAGAUGAGUGGCCGUGCUGUGACCCUUUCUCGUUUUGGAUUUGACGGUUUUACGAAACUCAAGUCUCACCACGUUAAGAAGUUGUAA